CUUGAACGGCUUGAUUAGAGGCGGUCAUUCCGUAUUUCAAUUGCCGUGGUGUGCACUUUGGCUCUGUUGUUGCUUUGUAAUUUGAUCUUUGAUCCCAACAAUUGUAGUAAAGCUAAACGAAAUGUCAAGUCACAGUGCUUCAUCCUCAAGUGACAUUUCAGUCGACCUAACCGAUGCCUUUCGAAUUAUGAUACUGAACAAGCGUUUCGUGUUGUGGGAUGAUUUUGAAAGUGCCUUAAAAGAGUUCCAAAAAACUACUUAUACUCGUUACAUCCACACAGAAAGCAGAUUGCUGAAGGAUGUCAGGUUCAGAUACCUGUUUGUAUCGUUUAAUUGUACGUUUGGUCACAAACGGAAAUCGGAAAGUUUGAAAGUGAGGCAAAAAUCGUCUAAAUUCCGUAAUUGUCAAUCUAAAUUCCGUGUAAGACUAGAAGAGCAAGGAUAUGUCAUCAAAUCCUACAAGAUGAUACACAAUCAUCCAUGUAGUAGUUCAUGGAUGGUAUGUGAUCCAUGGACAAGGAGAUUAUCGUCGGAAGAAAAAGAGAACUUGAAGCCCGUAAUACUUCACUGUGAGUCAGCAGACGAAGUUAUCGAAAGUAUUAAGGAGAGAACUGGUAAGCAAGUAACUGCUGCCGAUGUCAAAGCUAUGAAAGCUAAACUCUCCACUGGUUGUUGUACUCGGAAGCAAGUAAUGGAUAUGCUUAGACAAAAAGGCGAAGUGAGGGAGCAUUUAGAAAAUGGAUAUGCGACGAGAAUAUGUUUCAGUAGUUAUAACCAAAUACAACUCUAUAGGAAAUAUCCAGAAGUCGUGUGCAUUGAUUCUACGUAUAAUACUAAUAAUAAAAAGUGAAUAUGUUUAUCGUUGUGUUUUACUAUGUAGAUAUUCCUUAUUCCAGAUAGUGGUGACGGAUAAUUUCGGUCAACUAGAAGAAGUGUCGAAGAUCAAUUGAUAGCCGGAAGAUAUUAUAAAUAUAAUGCUCCACAACGUUUAAUACCCUUGCUAAAUAUUUUGACGCCAUUCGCAAGAUCUAAAGUGUUAUACGAGCUUAAACAAAUGCGUUUUGUCUACGUGGAAUAUGAAAGCGGCGACUGGUUGUUCAUGGUUGACCGUGGACAACAUUAUGAAGUCGAUAUAAGCAUUUGUCAAUUCGAAAUUAUCAAAUCAAACCUUGGUAAUGACACCUACAAACUCAUGUUUAUGAUGUGUUGAUAUCCCUGCCGUCACAUGCUACUUGCCUACGUUAAAAGAAGAAAUCUUACAGCUCAUCAACUUCUUAGGUAUUGUAGCAGAUGGAAGUUACACAAUACCCAGAACUUCCAAAAUUAUACAUUAACUGCAUUACCACGACGGAGUGAAGAGUAUGUAAGUAUUCAACGCAGCCAAAGAAUCCAUAAACAUCGCAUCAUUGAGAAGUAUGGUGAACGCUUCGCAACAGAAGUUGAGAAGAAAGUUGACAAUUAUUACUUAAGAAUUCUUAAUACCAACUUGUAAACUUGAUUUUCUGCUUUAGCAGCAAUGAUUCUUCAAUAAACUUUCAUAAUUUC